AAUAUAAGUAAAUGUUUGUCCUUCUGCCCUGUGAAGUUGCACCAUGACCUCAUAGUCAUUACCCAUGACGCACCGCGGUCGUCCUCAGUGUUCAAGAUGGCGUCGAGGGCACCAGUUGCAACUGGCAGGCUUAUGCUUGGAUUCCAAAAAUGGUAUUACAACACGUGUGGCUUCAGCAAGAUCGGUUUAAUGCGUGAUGACACGAUCCAUGAGGAUUCAGAUGUGAAAGAGGCCCUGAGGAGGCUUCCAGAGAAGGAAUACAACGACAGAAUCUUCAGGAUCAAGAGAGCUCUGGAUCUGUCGAUGAAGAUGCAGAUCCUUCCUAAAGACCAGUGGACGAAAUAUGAGGAGGAUGUCAGCUACCUGUCACCAUAUCUGAAUGAGGUGAUCCGUGAGCGGAAUGAAAAAGAAGAGUGGAUGAAGAAAUAGAUGGUUCCUGGUGAACGCUGUUAAUUCUAGUCUUCGGUCAGUGCGUGGUUGUCCCCUGGAGUAAUAUUUAAAUUGAAAUGUGAACUGUAUAAGGCAGUACUCAUUAAAGAAAUAAACAUUUUCAAAGAUA